UGUGUCGCUGCCUUUACCUUGUUGUCUUUCCAAAAAACCGGAGCAGAAAUUUCUCCGGAAAUAAACUUUCCUGGACUCUUUCGUCAAGUCAGUAUGGGUGUGUUUGACAACUGUUCAGUUCUUCUGGAGCUCAAAAACUUGCCUUUCAAGGAGAAGAAGAAGCUGAAAUCAAUAGUGACAUUGAAUGGAGGCAGCAUUUCUUUCAUAGUCAACAAACAGUGCUCUCUGGUGGUGACCUCCGACUUGUCCAACCUGAGCUCCAACAGGCUGCGCAGCAUCCAGAAGAACCAGACGCCGGUGGUCGGCUUUGAUUAUCUGUAUAAAUGUGUGGAGAGAGGCGUUCUUCUGUCUUUGGACGAGUACAAGAUGGACACUUCAUCAUCUCUAGAUCCUCCUCCUCCCUGGAAGUCACCGCAGAGAGCUCCACUAACUUAUAAAGGUCCGACCUCAUCAGAGGGACCAGCUGUUGAAAAAAACAAUCAGAAGUUCAGAAUCUACAAAGAGUCGGAUUCUGCUCUCCCAGCAUUCCCCGAUGAUUUCCAGGUGGCGAAGUACUCCGUUUUCGGACAGGAGAACGGCAGCAGGUUUUGCGUGUUGGAGCUGCAGAGCGCCAAAGGUGAGCAGGGACGGCGCUAUCGUGUGGCCAGAUACCUGAAGGACGACGUGGUGUCGAAGAAGACAGCUGUGAUGGAUCGGCUGGUGUUCCUGUCCACUUCAGAAGAAGCUCUGGACGUUUACAAGGCGCUGAGUGAAGAACUGGAUCGCUCUGAGCUGCAGAGGAUGAGCAGCUUACCUGCUGAGGCGCCACACCUGGGCUCUGCCCCCCUGCAGCAGCUGCUGCUGGAGGAGAAACUGAACUCCGAUGAGUUGUCCCCAGACGUAGCGGCGUUUGUGGAGCUGCUGUGGACCGAAGCUCUCGGUUGCCUUGGAAACAUCCUCAGAGUCCCCAUCUCCAGACUCAGCCUGAACGAUGUGAGCAGAGCUGAAGGCCUUCUGCUUCAGGCUCAGAGGAAACUGAAGGAGGGAAACGAGGAAGAGGCGUCGUCCCUCCUGGACGAGGUUUUCACCCUGCUGCCUCACCGGGAGCCCAGACCUCAGUCACCUACAGCCAGGUUUCUGUCUCAGAAGCUGGAUCUCUGUCAGUUAAUCCGGGAUGUUCUGAAUGUGAGCGAGAUGACCUUGAACGACCCGAAGCCGUCCUCCGUGGGGAAGUACCGCGCUCUUCGCUGCCACAUCGAAGCCAUUCCCCGCAGCAGCUCAGUGUUUCAGAACGUCGCCGCCCUGCUGGCUGACAGGUCGGUGCAGAUCCAGCAGAUCAUGCGGGUCAACAGAGCGGUGGAGCUUCAAACGUUUCAGAGCGAGAUCGGGAACGUUAAACCCCUCCUCCAUUCAUCCAGCCCCAGCAACUUUGUAGGAAUCAUGUCCAGAGGUCUGCUGCUUCCCCAUGUGGGAGUGGAGCAUCAUGGGAUUACGAGAACGGACGUCGGAAACCUUGGCAGCGGGAUUUACUUUGGUGAUGCUUUGAGCACCAGUCUGAAGUACGCCAAACCCAGUGAAACAGACGGAUCGCGCCUCCUGCUGGUCUGCGAUGUGGCUCUGGGAGUUAGUAAGGAUCUCUAUAAGAGAGACCAGACUCUGACCGAGGCUCCUGAAGGCUAUCACAGCGUUCACGGAGUCAGACGAACCAACAAAACUACAUCUGAUUUUGAGGAUGACGAGUAUGUGGUUUACUCUAUUGACCAAGUGAAGAUAAAAUAUGUAGUUCAGUUCAGAAAGGAAGGAGACGAGCAGAAGAAUUUCAGUCCGGACAUCAACCUGACUGCAGAACCCAUUGAGUCUGCCAAGAACCCAGGUCUCACUUCAGAACAUGUAGAAGAAGAUCUAGAAAAUGUGAAGAACCCUCUGGAGGACGUUAAAGCUGGACUGUUGGACAGUUCAGGCCAGCAGCUCCCCCUGCAGGCCGUCCAUGUAAAGUGCAAACUGAUGGAUCUGCUCUCCCAGGUCAUCAUCUUCCAGAAAUACACCAAUCAGAGCUCAGUGCCCAUUGAGGCGAAGUACGUCUUCCCGCUGGACGACUCAGCUGCCGUGUGCGGAUUUGAAGCUUUCAUCAAUGGGAAGCACGUGGUGGGAGAGGUGAAGGAGAAGGAGACGGCUCGUAAGGAGUACAAACAGGCGAUAGCCAAAGGCCACGGAGCGUACCUCAUGGACCAGGACGCUCCUGAUGUGUUCACCAUCAGCGUGGGCAACCUGCCGCCUGGUGCCACUGUCCUCAUUAAGGUGACCUUUGUGUCAGAGCUGGUGGUCAGAGACGGGAGCAUCCUGUUCUCCCUGCCGGGUAGCGUGGCUCCAUGGCAGGAAAGCGCUGCGCUCAACCAGACCACACAAGUCUCUGUGGAAAAGGUUUGUGUGGCCAACGAAUCAGCGAGAGAGUUUACGUUGGACAUGUCGGUGGAGAUGCCCUUUGAGAUCUCUAGCCUGACCUGCAUCACCCAUCAAGUCAAAAUUAAGAGGACUGACUGUAAGGCAGUGAUCAGUGUUCUGCCGGGUCACGUCAUGGGGUCAGAUGGUUUCCAGAUGUCUGUCACUCUCUCUGAGGUUCAUCUUCCCAGAAUGUGGGUGGAGAAACACCCAGACAAGAACAGCCAGGCCUGCAUGCUGGUUUUCUACCCAAACUUUGAGUUUGACUCCAGCUCUGAAGGCAGUGAAGUUGUUCUUUUGCUGGACACGUCUGAGUCCAUGAAGGAGGAAUCGUUCCAGCUGGCCCAGAAAAUCGCCCUGCAGGUUUUAAAGAACCUGAAGAACGACGUCAAAAUCAACAUUGUUUUGUUUGGAACAGAUCACACAGAAGCUUUCCUGACGACCCAGAAACUCAACGAGGUUCAAGCUGAAGCCAAGAAGUUCAUCAAGAGCUGCUCCUCAGUAGGGGGCAGCACUGAGCUGUGGCGGCCUCUCCGGGCGCUCAGUCUGCUGCCGCCGUCCGACGGCGUGCGAAACCUGCUGCUGCUGUCGGACGGCCACAUCCAGAACGCGGCGGCCACGCUGCAGCUGCUCAGAGAUAACGUCCAGCACAGUCGCCUCUUCACCUGCGGCUUCAGCUCCACAGCCAAUCGCCACAUGUUGAGAGCCCUGGCUCAGGCAGGGGGCGGAGCUUAUGAGUUUUUUGACUCUAAAGCGAAGUACACCUGGGCUGAGAAGGUGGAGCGCCAGGUGAAGCGCAUGUCGUCUCCCGGCUGCAGCUCCGUCUCUGUGAAGUGGCAGCAGUUCAACCCCAGAGCUCCUCCGGUUCAAGCCCCGAAGCAGCUGAACGCUCUGUUCAAUGACUGCCACACGCUGGUUUACGGCUUUGUGCCCCACUGCACUCAGGCGACUCUUCUUGGAGAUUUGCGUGGUCAGGAGCUUCAAACCAUGGUGUCAACAACAGAGCUGCAGAAGACCAGAGGAACGUUUCUUCAUAAGCUCACAGCAAGAGCCCUGAUCAGAGACUACGAGGAUGGAAACCUUGAUAUCACCGAAGCUGAACACGAGGGUAAAAAAGCAGAGCUGAAGUCCUUCAUCAUUGAUCUGAGCAAAGAGUUCUCCAUACUGUCUCAGUUCACCAGCUUCGUGGCCAUCGAAGAGAGGGAUUCUGAGAAGGCAGAUGAUGGCGUCACAGACAUCCCAAAGCUGGUCGCAGAGGAGGAUGUGGACUUCUUGCCAUACAUCAACUGGAGUCUUCCUGAGGACAAAGAAAAAGUUGUGGUUUGUGAUGCAGAGUUAUCUGAAGAAAGCGAUCGCGACAUGAUGUAUGAUGAUAAUGUCCUGCUUGCUCAUCAUGAGAUUUAUGGCUACCACGAUGCACCUGAUAUGAGCUUGUGCGAUAUGCUGUCCGCAGAACUUUGCUCCACUGUUGAGAUAUAUGACGACCUCUAUGCACCUGAUAUGAGCUUGUGCGGGAGGGACUAUGGUGAAGAUUUGUACAACAGAUUACCUCCUAAGAAAUCUGAAGAGUUAAAUGACGAAGCACCUGAAGAGAGCAAGCGCGAAAGACUUAGGAAACUCCUGGAAGAAAGGAACCUUGGUGUAUGUUACAUUGAACCACAUUGUGAGAAAUCUGAAGAGUUAAAUGACGAAAAAUCUACAGAGAGAGAUGACGAAGCACCUGAAGAGAGCAGGCGCAAAAGAGCUAGGAAACUCCGGGAAGAAAGAUCUAGGAAACUCCAGGGGAUCUGUCCAUGGCAGAUAUCAUGUCAUGAGAAAUCUACAGAGAGAGAUGACGAAAGAUUGAGGAAACUCCUGGAAGAAAGAUCUAGGAAACUCCAGGAAGAAGAAGAGAGUGAGCGCAAAAGAUUGAGGAAACUCCAGAGAUUGAGGAAACUCCAGACAUCUGAAGAGAGCGAGGACGAUAAAUCUGAAGAGAUAAAUGACGAAAGAUCUAGGGAACUCCGGGAAGAAGUACAAACCUUCACACAUUUAUCGACAUCUGAAGAGAGCGAGGACGAUUCAUCUGAAGAGAUGGAUGUUGAUAAAUCUGAAGAGAUAAAUGACGAAAGAUCUAGGGAACUCCUGGAAGAAGUACAAACCUUCACACAUUUAUCGAGUUCUUGGAAACUCCAGACAUCUGAAGAGAGCGAGGACGAUACAUCUGAAGAGAGCGAGGACGAUGCAUCUACAGAUAUCGACGAUAGAUCUGAAGAGACUGAGAGUUCUUGGAAACUCCAGGAGAAACCUCUAGAGUUAAUAAAGAAAGCUUGUAAGUACCACAGGAGCACAGAGACACAGGCCCCGAUCCCACUGGUGAGGCUGCAAUCACAGAUGGGUAUGUCUGUUGCUCCCGGGUCCUCCAUACUUUGGCCUCCAUCUGCAAGGGUCAGUGAAGCUCCACUACGUCGUCGUCGUGCAUUACUUUCAAAUCUAAUGGAUGGUCUGGUUUGUCAAGCAUAUGAUAUACAGCCACAUCAUCCAUCCUUUGAAGCUCCAGACCCAGAAGAGCAGAAGCUGAAGUGGAUUAAGAUCUUCCAACUGCAGCAGGCGGACGGAUACUGGGAGUUAACUGUUGAGCUGGGAAAACUGAUCAAUGUCAACGUGGAUGCGUUUGCUAACGUGUUCCUGAAGAACAAAGGCAUUCAUUCUCUGGGUGCGAAGGCCAACGCAGGCAUCCGGAGGCUGGUGGCGACUCUGUUGGUUCUGCAGCUGAUGAGGGAGGAGGAGCUGGAGGAAGGAAAACUCCUGCAGAGUUUGUUUAACCUGAAGGAGCCGACUGGGUCCAGGUCUGAGCGCUGGCAGCAGGUGAAGAAGGCAGUGGACUGGGUGCGUUGGGCCGACCGGGAGUAUCCGUGCGCCUGCAGCCGGCUGGAGUUCGGCUGGAGCUGGGAGUCUUCCACCCGCCAGCUGCUGGGCUUCGAACGCUUCCCCCCGUUCUCACCGCUCAUCAGCCUGGAGCUGCAGAAGACCGCAGCGCCGCUGGCCAUCCACUGAGGAAAUGAUGCAACAUUUUCUGAAAGUCAUAUAUCAAUUUGUAUUUUGUUUUGCUUUUUUAUCUGCUUUGGUUUUGUUUAUGUGCAAAGAGGUGAAGAUAAUCAAAAAUUACAUGACAAAAUAUUAAAAUAUUUAAUAAUUUUAAAACAUGAGAGGAAGGAAGAGAAAGAUUUAUGUUUCAUCCACUUAAAUGAUACAAAUGGAUAAAUAGAAUUAGAAACAAAACCGUUAUUAAUCACAAACUGGAGAACAUAAUUGAUGGCACAAUGUGAACAUCUUCCUCCCUAAUAAAUUCAGAAAUGGUGGAUUGCUUUUAUCUUAAAAACUAACAAGAAUAGAUUAAAAUGUGUUUGAUACUUUUGGAGUUUAAUUCUUGUGUUUUAAAACUAAUUUUUUGGGAGAAAUUAGCUUAUUUUUGAACUCGCUUUCAGAUUUUACUUUUAUCUGAAGAUGGCUUAGAUCUCAAAUAUAUAUAUUUUUUCUUUAUUUUUUGUUGUUUUUUAAGGGGGUUUAAGGCGCCUUUGGUUUUACAAACUGCUUUACAUAUAAAAUCAGUAUUCACAUGGAAAUGGUUGCAUGCAUUGGAAAAACAAACAGCAAAAAUAAUCUGAACCUAUUUUCAGUAUCAGUUAAUCUAAAGCAACAUUAUUUUUCACCAUCUAUGACAGUAACCUGUUAAAAUAAAAUUUCAACGGCUCUUUAAGUACUUUAUUCAGUUAUUAUGUCAACAAAAUCAUCCAAAGAAUUCUAAGGUGGCUUGUUUUUAUACCCGUGUUUAUUGAAUCUGUAAUCAUUUUUAUUCGACUGAUUAAAGUAAUCUGAAAAUGUUUUUUUAAAUCUAAUUCUUUUAUGGCAUUUGGGUAAUAGUCAGAAAAUUAAAUGAACAAAGCCAAAGUUCUGACCAUGAAUUUGUUUCAAUCAUCUCAUCUUGUGAUUCUCUUAUUGAAACUUUGACAUUUCCAAUGAAUGAAUUUAUACAAAUUAACUGUUUUGAAUGUAUUUUUAAUCAACUUACUGUCUUUGUUGACCUAUUCAUAGCAAAAUUCGAAUAAAUUACUAAUGUAGCAAUUGUAACUUUCAAUUUAUCUAGACCUAAAAUACAAUUAGUUUCUGGGCAGUAGUUGGUGCAAUGUGUUUAUGAAUGAAGUGAGCCUCUGGGGAUGUUGGUGCACGGAUAUGUUUUUAAAUAAAUUAAAGAUGCCAACCUAUGAUUGUUUUAUAUAGGCAAUGUUUGCUUUUAUAUCUUAUUUUUGAGUUUUUGUCAAACCAGGUAAAUUGCUAAACUCAGACUAAUUCUCUCCGCUUUAGCAUUUUCCAGAUUUAAAGAAAUGCUUCAUAAAAUAAUUUUUUUAAUCCCAUGUUAUUUCAAAAGAAAUCUCGCGAUAUCUUUUCUAACCCCACCUCCACUCUCGAAGGUUCUAUUUCGCGCUGUUGGACAGUUGACAGUUGAGGGGGGAAAAUGGACGGUUGAGAGCUUUCGACUUUUGGAAAAAGUUGAGUUCUUCCUGAAAAGAAUCUACAAAGAAUCGGAUUUUGCUCUCCCAGCGUUCCCCGACGAUUUCCAGGUGGCGAAGUACUCCGUUUUCGGACAGGAGAACGGCAGCAAGUUUUGCGUGCUGGAGCUGCAGAGCGCCAAAGGUGAGCAGGGACGGCGCUAUCGUGUGGCCAGAUACCUGAAGGAGGACGUGGUGUUGAAGAAGGCAGCUGUGAUGGAUCGGCUGGUGUUCCUGUCCACCUCAGAAGAAGCUCUGGACGUUUACAAGGCGCCGAGUGAAGAACUGGAUCGCUCUGAGCUGCAAAAGAUGAGCAGCUUACCUGCUGAGGCGCCACACCUGGGUUCUGCCCCUCUGGAGCAGGUCUGAUACACGCUGCACCACAUGUGGCAUUGUGUGACUGUUUGUGUGUGGAAAAUUAAUCAUGCAUCAGUCAAAGGUGUCGACAUUUCUGGAGGAUUAAUUGUUUACGUUUAAGUAAACGUUUUAAGUAUUCAUACCCUUUGAAAUCAUUUCUUCUGGUGUUUUUAUGACUGAUUAAUACAAAGUGGUGCACAGUUGUAAACAAGAAAGAAUAUAAAACGUGGUGUUAAUUCUUUUUACAAAUAAAAAUAUAAGAAAACGUA